AUGGCCUCGCUGCUCUGCUGCAGUCCCAAGAGGGCAGCCUGUGGCCUGGUCCUCAGUGCCUGGUGUGUUGUCAUGCUGGUCUUCCUGGGCAUCUUCUUCAAUGUCCACUCUGCCAUCCUCAUCGGGGACGUCCCCUUCACCGAGAAAAAUUUUAAGGAUGGCCUCGACUGGAUUUAUCACCUCUAUGAACAAGUCAGCUACAACUGCUUCAUCGCCACCAGGCUCUACACUGUCCUGGUGGGGUUCUCCCUCUGA